UUAACCCUCGAUAUUCGACCCUUAGUGAAUCGGCCCCCAAAUCUUUUCUGCUGCACACAACUUACUUGAUUUAUAGGGUGCGUUCACUUCCCUGUCACUUCCAGGUCAAAUAUAAAGUCCGGCUUGUGUAACAUGGGGGUCUAUCUGGCAAGACCAAAACUAGCCGACUGACUAACACAAUCCCCUCCCAGGGAAAAGGCCAUUGGCUUUUAAAUACAUCGUUUAGUUCCUGUAGUAGAAAAUCACCUGAACCUGUAAAUGCUCCAAAAUAUCAACAAAUCUAUUAGAGGAAACAACAGUCUCUAACUCAGUAUGGGUGAGCAGGUCAUUUUACUCUAAAGCCCAACAAGGUUUUAAUUAUUCUAUUUUCCCUUUCAGGAAAGAAGAAGGAGAUGCAGAAUAUUCCAGACCAAUAAGAACCCAGAGAUUCCAAGUAGCAGAAUCCAGGGAUUCCUCUGAUUCCUUAGAUCCAGCCAAGGAGCCAUUACAGGUUCAGCUCAAAAAGCAGAGACCAAGAUCUUCAGGAAUAGGAUAUCAGGUCUCUCAGAAACCAAAUAGCAACAGAUCUUCUUGUCUGUCAGUUACAACAAGUCAGAAGACAAAAGAGGCCGAGGUGCAACUUUAUUCACACAAUGGAAUCUGAGCAGCCAACCAACAGUCUUACAGGACUUACAGUCUUACAGGAUCAGAAGGUUAUCAAAGAAGAGCAAACUUUCCCUUAUGAAGAAUAUGAGAAAGACUUCUCUUCAAUCGUGAACUUUCUUAUAAAUCCCACGGGGGAGAAAUCAUUUUGCUGUAAUGAAUGUGGCAAAGGAUUUUCUACAAAACAUAAUCUCAAAAUUCAUUGGAGAAUUCACACAGGAGAGAAACCCUUCACAUGCACAGAAUGUGGCAAAGGAUUUUCUAUAAAGAAAAACCUCAAAACUCACCAGAGAGUUCACACAGGGGAGAAACCCUUCACAUGUACAGAAUGUGGCAAAGGAUUUUCUACAAAGCAUGAUCUCAGAAUACACCAAACAGUUCACACGGGGGACAAACCCUUCACAUGCACAGAAUGUGGCAAAGACUUUUCUAGAAAAGAUCUUCUUAAAAUUCACCAAACAGUUGACACAGGGAAGAAAACCUUCACAUGCACAGAAUGCAGCAAAGCAUUUUCUACAAACUGUGAGCUCAAAAUUCACCAGACAGUUCACACAGGAGAGAAACCCUUCACAUGUACAGAAUGUGGAAAAGGGUUUUCUACAAAGAAGGACCUCAAAAUUCACCAGAGCGUUCAUACAGGCGAGAAACUCUUCACAUGCACAGAAUGUGGAAAAGGGUUUUCUAUAAAGAGGAGCCUCAAAAUUCACCAAACAGUUCACACAGGAGAGAAACCCUUCACGUGUACAGAAUGUGGCAAAGGAUUUUCUACAAAGCAUCAUCUCAGAAUACACCAAACAGUUCACACAGGAGAGAAACCCUUCGCAUGCAUAGAAUGUGGAAAAUGCUUUUCUAGAAAAGAUUUUCUCAAAAUUCACCAAACAGUUCACAACGGGGAGAAACCCUUCACAUGCACAGAAUGCGACAAAGGAUUUUCUAUAAAGAAGAACCUCAAAAUUCACCAAAGAAUUCACACAGGGGAGAAACCCUUCACAUGCACAGAAUGUGGCAAAGGCUUUUCUGUAAAACAGAACCUUAACAGACACCAGACAGUUCACACAAGGGAGAAACCCUUCACACAUACAGAAUGCAGCAAAGGCUUCAUCAUCUCAGGCAUCAUCUCAGAUAUCAGGUCUCUCAGAAACCAAAUAGCAACAGAUCUUCUUGUCUGUCAGUUACAACAAGUCAGAAGACAAAAGAGGCCGAGGUGCAACUUUAUUCACACAAUGGAAUCUGAGCAGCCAACCAACAGUCUUACAGGACAUCAGACGUUUAUCCACGAAGAGAAAACUUUCCCUUGUGAAGAAUAUGGCAAUGUCUACUCUUCAAAUGCAAAUCUUCUUAUACAUCCCACAAGGGAGAAAUCAUUUCCCUGCAAUGAAUGCGGCAAAGGCUUUUCUACCAAGAAGAAGCUCAAAAUUCACCAGACAGUUCACACAGGGGAGAAACCCUUCACAUGCACAGAAUGUGCCAAAGGAUUUUCUACAAAGCAGAAGCUCAAACGUCACCAGACAAUUCACACUGGGGAGAAACCCUUCACAUGCACAGAAUGCGCCAAAGGAUUUUCUACAAAGUAUCAGCUUAAAAUUCACAUGAUAUGUCACACAGGGGAGAAACCCUUCACAUGCACGGAAUGUGGCAAAGGAUUUCCUACAAAGCAUCAGCUCAAACUUCACCAGACAGUUCACACAGGGGUGAAACCAUUCACAUGCACAGAAUGCUGUAAUUGUUUUUCUACGAAGCAACAUCUUAAAAAUCACCAGAAAGUUCACACAUGGGUGAAACUCUUCAUAUGCACAGAAUGCUGCAAUGGCUUUUCUACAAAGCAACAGCUCAAAAUUCACCAGGCAGUUCACACAGGGGCAAAACCCUUCACGUGCACAGAAUGUGGAAAGGGCUUUUCUACAAAGCAUCAGCUCCAAAUUCACCACAUGACUCACACAGGGGAGAAACCCUACACAUGUACAGAAUGCGGCAAAGACUUUUCCACAAAGAAUUAUCUCAAAAUUCACCAGACCCUUCACAGAGGGGAGAAACCCUUCCCAUGCACAGAAUGCAGCAAAUGCUUUUCUACAAAGCAGAAGCUCCACUUACACCAGGCAGUUCACACACGGGAAAAACAUUUCACAUGCACAGAAUGCAGCAAAAGCUUUUCUAGGAAAGCUCAACUCAAACUUCACCAGACAGUUCACACAGGGGAGAAAUCUUUCACAUGCACAGAAUGUAGUAAAGGAUUUACUAGAAAGUAUGAGCUCAAAAUUCAUCAGGCAGUUCACACAGGGGAGAAACCCUUCACAUGCACAGAAUGCGGCAAAGGCUUUCCUACAAAGCAGAGGCUGAAAAUUCACCAGGUAGUUCACGCAGGGGAGAAACCCUUCACAUGCACAGAAUGCGGCAAAUGCUUUCCUACAAAGCAGAGGCUGAAAACUCACCAAGUAGUUCACAAAGGGGAGAAACCCUUCACAUGCACAGAAUGCGGCAAAGGAUUUUCUAGAAAGUAUGAGCGCAAAAUUCACCAGGCAGUUCACACAGGGGAGAAACCCUUCACAUGCACAGAAUGUGGCAAAUGCUUUUCUACAAAGCAGAGGCUGAAAAAUCACCAAGUUGUUCACACAGGAGAGAAACCCUUCAUGUGCACAAUAAUGCAGUAAUGGAUUUUCUAGAAAAGAUCAACUCAAAAUUCACCCGGCAGUUCACACAGGGGAGAACCCCUUCACAUGCAUAGAAUGCGGCAAAGGGAUUUUCUAGAAAAGAUUACCCUGUUUAUACAGGGGAGAAACCUAAUGCAUAAAAGGCUUUUGUACAAAGCAUCAUCUCAGAAUUCACAACAUGACAGGGGAGAACCCAUUCAUACGUGCCUAGUGGAAGAACAUGUCAUUCUACACAACAAAUAAUUAAAUAAUUAGAAAAUUAUCUGUAAACUGCACUGUAGCUUUUUUUUAAAACAAUAUGGCAGAAGCCAGUUGAAUAAAAGAACUAAGAGAAAACAUUAACGGUAGGGAUGCACCAAAUCCAGGAUUCGGUUUGGGAUUCGGCCUUUUCCAGCAGGAAUCGGAUUCGGCC